AUGAGGCUCCUGGGUCUGUCCAAGCUGCCGCCAGACGCGUCUCGCUCGGAGCACCUGGCCCUCAUCCGGCAGCACCGGUCGGUGCGCAAGGAGCGCGUCAAGUCAUCCUCCCCUGCGUCCCUGAAGCGAGGCGGCUCGUACUCGCGGGUGAUGUCUUCCGGCGGCGGCGGCGGCGGCGGCGGCGAGGCCAGCUUUGGCAGCAGGAACCCAGGGGAAGCAGACAGUGCCUCCGUUCCGCCGUCGGCAGAGGGAGAGAAGUUGACGAUUCAGCAGCAACAGCAGCAGCAGUGCCCAGAUCGGGAGGAAGGAGAGGAAGUCACGACGCCACAUCACCACCACGACCACCAACCCUCCGAGUGGCUGGACAUGCGGGAGUCUUCGCUCAAGCUCACGCCGACCGACAUGGACGAGCGGUUCCUCGGGAGCAUCGAGAGCCUCAUGAACCAGUUCCCGGCCCCGCCGACCCGCGACCACGCCGCCGCGGCCGUGGUGGACGUGACCUCCCCGUCGACCGCGGCGCUUGGUAGGUUUAAGGGAGACGGCCGCCGCGGGCUUCCAAUGUCCAGGCCAAGCACCCAGUGGAGGGGCGUGAGCGGCGCCGACGGCGCUGAAGACAUGUCCCAUUCUUGGCAGAACCCGAUAUACCAGCAGCAGAUGGAGAGCAGGCGUGGGGGCGCCGUGCGCGAGAUAGACUCGCCGAUGCGGAUUCGGUAUCCCAAGGAUGAGUUCUCCUUGUAG